CGGUUUUUGUUAAAACCGACUCAUGAACUCUACAUCAAUGACUGAAUUGUCUAUCCCUCUCUCCUUUGUUUCUUCCUCUUUCAAUAUCCUUGUUUAAAGCCCUUUGGUUUCAAUAGUCAUGGCUUCCUUCCCUUUCUUUCAGGGGGGAUCGAGUAUGGGAUUGGGGGAUGAGGAGUGGUACUGUACGUUUACAAUGAGCUGUGUUAUUAAGGCAACAUUGACUCGGUUGUUAAGGGGCAACCCCAAAACGAGGGGUUUGAAGGGAGGUGAAGAAAGAAGGUAGUGAAGAAUAGUGGAGGAAGAGAUUACUAAAAUAGGUGUGCAGUGAGAGAUAUUAAGGUGAGAGUGAUGUCUCUUUGCGCUCUUGUUCUCUUGUUUGUUCUUCUCUUGGUGCUUCUUCCUCCUCCUCUUCGCUUUUUUAUUUUGGGGGGUUUAGUGAUUGCUUUGGGAUUCUAUAUCUUUUUCACCCAAGUUGGACACCCUAUUUGCCUUUAUACCAAACGUCAUACGUAUAUAUCUCUAAGGAUCUGAUUGUGCUUAGAACUAGCCAUAUUCACUUUGUUCAAAGUAUGCGAUUCGCUCGCUGUUAUAGAUUGCCAAAGCUCUUUUGUCUUUAAAAGGGAUUUCCGCGUUUUGGAUCAUUGUUACUCGCAGGUCAUAUUUAUACUGCUUCUCCGACCGUUAUACUUUGACUCUGGCUUCGUUAGUUCUUAAGAGGGCCAUACAGACCCAUGAGCCGACUGGUAAACUAUUUCAGCAUUUCUCUACCGCUCUCUCUCAGAGCCGGUACGCGCGAGACAUAAAAGGAAAAAAGAAAAAAGAAACGGAAAGCCGAUCUCCAAACCCACCUGUCCGCUCAAACAUGUCACAGAAACGUCGGCCAAGGAGGCUGAGGACACACGCAGCAGGAUCAAAGACGAUUAUUGGAGCCAAACAACCUGCCGAUAGCAGUCCACACGACAGCCAGACACCCUCGAAAUAUUUGAAGGUCACGAAAUCUAUGAGCAGAUACAGUUUGCAGCAGACUGGUGAAUGUGGGUUAGCUGUCAAUGACCGGACUAGCGGGGAGGAAUGGGAGUGGAGUGAGCUUGUGGACGAGAGUGAAUGGAAGGAAUAUGAGGAAAUUGCCGCCUCGCCGACGAGUGAGGAGAAGGAGUUGGGGAAUAGGGCAAUGAUCAAGCUUGACUUGUUUGCCGAUAUAGAAUGGAGUAAAAACGCAAGGCCGAUAAGGACGCGGCGAACCGAACCAGAUGAUGGUGGCGGGGCCGGGCCGAGCGGCUCACGGAGACAGAGCCAGGAACCUCCUACCCGGCAGACGGAGCAAUCCUCUGCUGAACAACAUGGCUCAAGUUGCCAGGAUAUCCAUUCAAUGCCCGGAGAACCUGGGGAGGCAUCACAGAACAGCCAGCCAGGAGUAGAAGGCAGCAGUGUGAUACCCAGCAUAGAGGAACCGCGAUCCACAACGUCCCCAGCAAAACGUCUUCUGAUGAGAAUAAGAACCUGGGCUGGAGAAAACCCUCUUUCUAAAACAAAUCUCCGUCCUAGAUUAUCGGAUAAGUUCCCUUCUUUUCCUUUCCCGACUAGGCCCGGGAGGAGAAAAGAGGCUCUGUUUCUGGAAGAUGGAGUGCGAAGACCACGGCGCGCGGUGACGUCGUCUCGGCCGACAGCUCCUACGCGAGCAAGUGCGCGGCUGCGUCAGGAGUCAGCAUCCCAUCGUGGAAGACGAACCCAGCACUGAUGGUGGGAAAUGAUGGGCCACGGGGAACUACACCCGCUGCAAAUGAAGCAGCGCCAGCAGCCGGCCCCGGGGAAAAUGUGCCAAUACCUUUGAAAGGGCUCCUGGUCGGCGGCCUGAGUGGAUAGGAAUAAAGUACCGGCAAGAUGAAAUCCUGGUGAUUUUUUUUUGAGCUGGGGGGGCUUGCAUGGCUCUAUCUGUUAUUUUGCUGAAGAGGAUGGAUAGUAGAUAAUAGUAGGCGAGAGGGAAGAAUGGAGUAGGGUUCAUCGGUGGUAUGAAAAUCUUGGGGGGAGAAUGGGAUGGACUUUGUUUGUCUGUUAUUAUUCUUGGUGUUUGGGUGGAGCUAGUUUGAUUGGAUAUCGUAAAA